AUGGGCACCACGAGUGGACCUCAUCACGGUAGCUUCGUCAACGGCAUGUUCGAUGGCGAUGAUGGCGAAUAUGGUGUCACAGAAGGCGGUGGUGACGAUGGUUAUUUUGAUAUUACAGGGUACCUGGGCACCACGAGUGGACCUCAUGAUGGCAGCUUCGUCAACGGCAUGGUCGAUGGCGGCGAUCAAGAAUAUGGUGACAGUGAUCACGAUGCUGAUGUCGGUGUCACAGAAAGAGAUGAUGUCGGCGACGCGGGGCUACACAGAGUACCAGCCAGCGAAUUUGAUAUUACAGGCAAGUUGCCUUCGACUGGAAAGCACGCGACCUACAUAGUCAACGGGCAACAAGCGAAGCUCGGCCAAUUCCCAUACCAGGUUUCCGUCAAAGGCGACAGGAGGAUGAUAUGCGGCGGAUCCCUUAUCUCCGAGAAGGCGGUCCUCACCGCUGCCCACUGCACCAACUCGUUCAAAAGCUUCGACCUACGCAUGGGAGGCAUCCAUAUGGUAGAGUCCGAGUCCAGCGCAUGGACUGCGGUCAGCAGUUCGGCCAAGAGGCACCCGCGGUACAACUCGACGGGCGACGUCAAUAACGACGUGGCUAUCUUCCUGCCCGAGGAAGCUCCUCUGAGCGAGUACAUCAAGCUGGUGGCCUUACCUUCUUUUGCUGAGAUCAACGAAACCUUCGUGGGACAAAAUGCUCUGGUUAGUGGCUGGGGACUGACUGGCGACAGUGUUAUUCUUAAAAGUACAUUGUGCGCCAACAGCGAGGACUCUGACGUCUGCCAGGGUGACAGCGGCGGGGCUCUUGUUCUCAAGACCGCCACAGGCUACAAGCAGAUCGGUGUCUCGAGCUUUGGGUCACCUGCGGGAUGCCACACACCGACGCCAUCUGCUUUCGCCAGGGUGACCUCCUUUCUCGACUGGAUCACCAAAACUGCCGAAAUCAGUGUUUAG